AUGUCUGCUGCUGUAGUGUUGUUGCUCCUCUUCUUUUCUGGCAUCACUUCAAAUGCAGAUGAAGUAACAAAGUUCCCUAUCAGCCUAUCAUCUUCUCUAACACCUUCCACCAAUUCUACAUGGCUCUCACAUUCUAAUAAAUUCGCCUUCGGGUUCUACCCCACACCAAAUGGCUAUGCCGUCUGCGUUUCUUUCACCUCCUACUUCGACAAAAGCAGAACCGUGGUGUGGACUGCUAACACGGAUGAUCCAAUCGUCCCAGACAACGCUGUCAUGCUGCUAACCGAAGAUGGCCUAGUUUUAAAAAGUACUGAUAGCAGUGAAACAGUCGUUAUGAUUGGCAACUCUUCCCGGCCUAUAGGAGGCGCUGCAAUGCUCGACAAUGGCAACUUCGUGCUGUUCGAUUAUCAUGGCAGUGUGACGUGGCAGACCUUUGAUCACCCGACAGACUGCCUUGUGCCCGGGCAGUCCCUCUCACCGGGCACUCAGCUCUUAUCCCAUGCCUCAGAGACAGACCUCAGGAAAGGGAUGUUCAGGCUCAAGAUGCAGAUUGAUGGAAACCUCGUGCUCUACGAUUCAGACAGCCUAGACGUGUCCAUAGACGCUUACUAUGAAUCAGGGACUGCUGGAAGGGGAAACAACAUCUCCUUGACUCUUCAAAAUGAUGGUCAUCUUUGUCUCUUCGAUGGAACUUCUGUUGUAAUGAAUAUAACCACGGGAGGGAAUCUUACUUUUGAGGUUCUGUAUCUAGUGAGGAUUGAUCCUGAUGGAAUUUUUCGUGUGUAUAGUCGCUCGUGGCAGCCAGAAGAUGACUGGAGGCCAAUCUACUGCGGUUACAAGGAUGUGGAUGCAGCUGACUGCAGAUGCCUCCCUGGGUACGACCGCAUCAGCUCAGGAGUCGGCUGCAUCUCCAACCUUGUCAUGGACUGUUCCGACAAGGAUCAGAGCAGCAAGUUUGGGAUGACGAGGAUUCAGUACGUUACAUGGGAAGACAAUUACUACAGUGCUUUGGAUGUGAGCAGUGAACAAGGCUGUGAAGAGGCUUGUUUGAAGGACUGCAGCUGUCGUGUGGCCUUGUAUCGAAAUGGACAAUGUCGGAAGCAGAAGCUUCCUCUCAGAUACGGGAGAUGGCAGACGGUUAUUGAGGAUGUUGCUUUCGAUCUCCGCUGCCUUUUCGACAUAAAAGGAGGCACUCUAAUCUGCAUCUAG